AAAUGAUCAGGGAUUGUGCAAAUGAACAUAACUCUUCUUUGCUUCCUUGCAGUGAAUAUGGUGGCGAUUGUGAUCCUGUCUCUGAGAAAGUGCGGACUCUCUAAAUGCAUCUCCCGUUACCUGCUGGGAAUGGCAGCAGCUGAUUUAUUGUGCGUUAUUAUUGCUGUUGUACUCGGUCAUAUAAAUAAUAUUUAUAUGUAUGGCCCUCCUUUGCUCAUUACACCGAUUUGCUCCAUGACGCUUGUCCUGAGGCUCGCAACCAUGGACUGUUCUGUUUGGCUCACGGUGGCUUUCACGUUCGAUCGCUGUAUUGCUAUUUGUAGUCAAAAGCUGCGGGAACGGCACUGCACCGAGAGGACAGCGACUAUUGUGAUUGUAAUCGUGUGUUUAGGAUGUUGUGCAAAGCGUGUUCCAUUCUAUUUUGCGGUAGAACCUUACCUUAUCAUUGACAACAUAUCCUGGCGAUGCAUUGCGAAAAUGGAAUACCGAACUUUACCAGCGUGGAAAGCAUACCAGUUGUUUAACACUAUCACUACACCGUUAUUACCGAUCGGUUUGAUUCUGCUGUUUAAUGCUUUAACAGUCAGUCAUAUUAUAGUGGCCAACAAAGUUCGCCGGGGGCUCAGGAACAGCAGCGAGAAAAAGAAUGAUCCAGAGGUGGAGAACCGGAGAAAGUCAAUAAUUUUGUUGUUCGCUCUGUCAGCCAAUUUCAUAUUGUUGUGGAUUCCCUAUAUUGUCUAUACUAUGAACUGGCAAGUUCAGAAUUUCUCUUACACAAAUAGAUAUUUGAAUAAUCCGAGAUAUAUCCUGCAACAGUUUGGGUUGAUGUUGAGGUAUCUCUGUACAUGCACCAACACGUGUAUCUACACUCUGUCACAGAGGAGGUUCAGGGACCAAUUGACGAAUGGACUCAAACAUCUGCUCACAUUUAGUGGUCGGGUCUGUAGUUAA